AUGGAUAUCCAGGAGACCCAACGUCUCCUUUCGGAGUACCUCCAUGAACUAGCAAACCUGUUCCAUCAGCUCCCCGGAUCUGCCAUUUUCCUCCGCUAUGUGAAGUCGAGUUACCAAGAUGACCCGGUCCGGUCGAUGGUCGAAUUGUUCCUUUUCCUUUUCGCUGUGCGGUAUUUGCUUGCGCCCAAAUAUUCGACGAAGCCCGGCGUUGUUCAACUUUCGGACGAUGAAGUUGAUGAUCUGGUGGAUGAAUGGACCCCGGAGCCCUUGGUGGGAAGUCCCACGCCUUUGGAGGAGAUGGAGGUCGAGAAGAGGGCUGUUAUUGUUGGUCCCGUUGGCCCCAAGUCCAAGCUCUCGAACGGUCGCACUGUCAUGAACCUCGGAUCUGUCAAUUUCUACAACUUCAACACAAACGAAUCGCUCAAGGAAAAGGCUAUUCAGACCCUUCGCAACUACGGUGUCGGUCCCUGCGGUCCACGUGGAUUCUACGGUACACAGGAUGUGCACAUGAAGACUGAAGCGGAUGUCGCGUCGUAUCUCGGUACUCCCGCCUGUAUCAUCUAUGCGCAGGCGUUCUCGACCAUCUCCAGUGUUAUCCCGGCGUUCUCGAAGCGUGGCGAUAUCAUUGUUGCGGAUAAGGGUGUUAGCUUUGCUGUUCGGAAGGGUAUCCAGAUUUCUCGGAGUAUUGUGCGGUGGUAUGAGCAUAAUGACAUGGAGGAUCUGGAGAGGGUUUUGGCCAAAGUUACCAAAGAGCAGGCCAGAAAGCCGCUCACUCGGAGAUUUAUCAUCACUGAGGGUAUAUUUGAGUCUCAUGGUGAUAUGGUCAAUCUGCCUAAGAUUAUCGAGCUGAAACUCAAGUACAAGUUCCGGCUUAUCCUCGACGAGACGUGGUCGUUUGGUGUCCUUGGUCGCACUGGUCGUGGCGUGACGGAACACCAGAACGUUGAUGCGGCGGAGGUCGAUAUGAUUGUGGGAUCGCUGGCCGGCCCACUCGUCGCAGGUGGUGGUUUCUGCGCUGGCUCGGAGGAAAUCGUGCAUCACCAGCGUAUCUCUGCUGCCGCAUACACGUUCUCCGCCGCUCUGCCCGCGAUGUUGUCUACAACUGCUAGUGCAACAAUCAACCUUCUCCAAAGCAAUCCCGAUAUCAUCUCUCAGCUCCGGGAACAAACCAAGGUCUUGAGGGCACAACUGGUUCCUCGCAGUGACUGGGUUUAUUGCACCAGCGCUCCGGAGAACCCUGUCAUCAUCUUGCCCCUUAAGCCUGAGGUGGUUGCUUCGAAGAGGUUGUCGUUCGAGGAUCAACAGUUUUUGUUGCAGGAUAUUGUGGAUGAGUGCACGACAAAUGGCGUCCUCAUCACCCGUGUAAAGACCCUCGAUGACAACUUCGAGCCCAGGCAGCUCCUUCUUCCGGCCCUGAAGGUCUGCGUGACCAUUGGUCUCACCCGGAAAGAAAUCGAAAAGGCAGGGACGGUAAUCCGCCAUGCUAUCACGAAAAUCGUCAGCAGGAAGAAGUGA